GAAUUGAUGAUAUCAAUUGCAACUUGGAGCUACGUGUAUAUAUAUAUAUAUAGGUAUAGAUUUACACAAACCACAAACAUGGAAUCUGGUAUGAUAAAUUUUGGAAGCUCUCUAAAAGUACCCUAUGUUCAGGAGUUGGCUAAGGAGAAAUUUGCAUCAGUUCCACCCCGAUACAUACGACCUGAUCCAACCAAACUUCAUGGGGUCUCCACAGAGGAAAUCCCAGUAAUUGACAUGCAAAGGCUGCUUUCUGAUGAAUCAGUGAAUCCUGAGCUUGAAAAGUUGCAUUUUGCCUGCAAAGAAUGGGGCUUCUUCCAGCUGAUUAAUCAUGGAGUGAGCUCUUCAUUAGUGGACAAACUGAAACUAGAGAUGCAAAAGUUUUUCAAUUUGACGAUUGAAGAGAAGAAGAGAUUUGCCCAGGAACCGGGCGAUGUAGAAGGAUAUGGACAGGCCUUUGUUGUAUCGGAGGAACAAAAACUUAACUGGGGUGACAUGCUAUUCAUGGUCGCUCUGCCAACUCACUUGAGAAAACCUCAUUUACUUCCCAACCUUCCUCUUCCAUUCAGAGAAACUCUAGAUCAGUACUCAAGGGAAUUGAAAAUCCUUGCCAUCAAGGUCCUUGAGCAAAUGACAAAAGCAUUAGGAAUGAAGCUUGAAGAUAUGACAAUGCUUUUUCAAGAAGGGAUGCAAUCAUUGAGGAUGGGCUAUUAUCCUCUAUGCCCUCAACCUGAGCUAGUAAUGGGCCUUUGCCCCCACUCUGAUGCUACUGGGCUUACCAUAGUGCUUCAAGUCAAUGAAGUGGAAGGCCUCCAAAUCAAAAAGGCUGGAGCUUGGGUUCCUGUUGUACCACUUCCUAAUGCAUUCAUAGUCAAUGUUGGAGACAUUUUAGAGAUUGUGACAAAUGGGAUUUACAAGAGUGUUGAGCAUCGGGUAACUGUGAAUUUGCACAACGAAAGGCUUUCCAUUGCGACGUUUUUCGCCCCAAAAUUGGAUGGUGAUAUGGGUCCAGCGCCAAGUCUUAUCACCCCUGAAAAUCCAGCAAUUUUCAGAAGAAUUAGUAUGAUUGACUAUUCAAAAGCGUAUUUUUCCCGUGAACUAGAUGGGAAAUCAUUCAUUGACGCAAUGAGGACCCAAAUCGAAGACUUUUAAGGCUCUUAGUCCCUUUGUGAUUUUUCUCUCUGAAACUUAUGUACACUGUUGACAUGGUGUCCCCUCUUCAUCGCCUCCCCCAACAUUCAUUCACCACAAAUUGUAUAAUUGUUUAAGAAUUAAUCCUGUAUAUACUGACACUAUAUAUGCUAUUAGAUUCGAAUGCAUGACAACUAAUAUUAAUUUAAAUUUAAAAUUUAAAA